GGGGGCGUGGCUCCGGGCGCGCAUGCGCGGCGCAGCCUAUAAAUAGGGCGCGGCGCGGCGGCGGCGCCGCAUUGCAGACGGGCGCGGGACGAUGGCGGCGCCGCUCCUGGGGCUGCUGGCGCUGCUGGCGGCCGCUGUGGCCAGCCCUGUUGUGUGGCAGAAGGACUGUGCAAAGGGUCCGGAGGUCUGGUGUCAGAGCCUUCGGACAGCAUCGCAAUGUGGAGCUGUGAAACACUGCCAGCAGAACGUCUGGAACAAGCCCACUGUAAGCAGCAUCCCCUGUGACUUGUGUAAGGAACUUGUGACAGUGGUCGGCAAGGUUUUGAAGGACAAUGGCACAGAGGAUGAGAUCCGCUCUUACUUGGAGAAGACAUGCGAGUUUCUUCCUGAUCAAGGCCUGGCCUCUGAGUGCAAAGAAAUUGUGGACUCCUACCUACCAGUUAUCAUGGAUAUGGUCAAAGAAGAGUUUGAUAAACCUGAAGUUGUAUGCAGUGCCCUCUCACUGUGCCAGUCCCUUCAGAAGCACCUUGCAGCAAUGAAACUUCAGAAACAACUCCAGACCAAUAAGAUACCAGAGCUGGACUUCUCUGAACUGGCAUCCCCGCUUAUGGCUAACGUGCCUCUCCUCCUUUACCCUCAGGACAAGCCCAAGCAGAAGUCUAAGGGAAAUGGGGAUGUGUGCCAAGACUGCAUUCAGCUGGUUACUGAUGUUCAGGAAGCUGUCAGGACAAAUUCAUCGUUUGUAAAGUCUUUAGUUGCUCAUGCCAAGGAGGAAUGUGACCGUUUGGGACCUGGAAUGGCUGAUAUGUGCAAGAGCUAUAUCUCUGAAUAUUCUGACUUGGCUAUCCAGAUGAUGAUGCACAUGAAGGAUCAGCAACCAAAGGACAUCUGUGCCAUGGUUGGAUUCUGUCCUUCUGUGAAGAAAUCUGUUCCCCUUCAGACCCUGGUGCCAGCUCAAGUGGUUCGUGAAGUGAAAAUGGAAACUGUGGAGAAAGCCUCGGUUCAAGACAAGACCUUUUCUUUGUGUGAAAUCUGUGAGACUAUGGUGAAAGAAGUGACUGGCCUGUUGGAGAGCAACAAGACAGAGGAGGAAAUUGUGCAUGAAAUGGAGGUCAUCUGCUACCUGUUCCCAGCAAGUGUCAAAGACCAGUGUAAGGACUUCAUAGAAGUCUAUGGCCAGGCUUUGAUUGACAUGCUCUUGGAAGCAACAAAUCCUGAAGCUGUGUGUGUGAUGCUCAAGUGCUGUGCAGCCAACAAGCCUCCACAGCAGCCAGUUUUGGUGAAACCUGCAGGUGGCUUCUGUGAUAUCUGCAAGAUGAUAGUUGCUUAUGCAGACAAAGAGCUUGAGAAGAACGCCACAACAGCUGAGAUUGAGGCUUUACUGGAAAAAGUCUGUCACUUCCUGCCAGAGUCUGUCAGUGAUCAGUGUGUUCAGUUUGUGGAACAGUAUGAACCCGUGGUUGUGCAACUCCUGGCAGAGAUGAUGGAUCCCACUUUUGUUUGCACGAAACUAGGAGUCUGUGGAUCAGCUAAACAGCCCCUCCUGGGCAAUGAUGCUUGCGUCUGGGGUCCUGGUUACUGGUGUAAGAACAUGGAGACUGCUGCCCAGUGCAACGCUGUUGAUCACUGCAAACGUCAUGUAUGGAACUAGAAGAAUUAUUUCCAGUUCUGAAGGAUUGCCAUGGCUCUUAGAAGUGUGGGCCGAGGCUGGAGAGCUGUAUCUCAAAUGUCCCUCCUCUCUGCCUCAUUAACAAUUUGACCUUCAAGUCCCUUUAUCGUAACUCUUCUGUAGCAGUGCUGCUGUUGAAGGAUCAGAUCUUCAUUGUUGACUUAACAAAGAUACUUCUGAUUGUACAGUUUAACUCAUUAUGCUCCUAAAAAUAGUCAGUGUGUUGUAGAUUUUAAUUGGUAGGCUGAAGUGUUUUUUAGGUGCUGGGAAGAAUGGCAGAGAAGACGAAAUGAAAUGAGGCUACUAUCUUUUAAUUUAAAGAAGAAGAAGAUAGUGACUAAACUUCCAAAUGUCUUUCUGUAGUCAGCAGUGGGAAGACUACACGCUUUGUGUUUUUUACAUCUGGCUGGAAUAUUAAUUCUUCUGUUUGACUGUAGGGAACUCUAAGGGAUAAUGUUGAAUCCUGGAAUCCCUUCGGCUGGAAUUUUCAAAGCUUUACAGAUGCAGGGAAGGGGGGCUUUGUGUGCCCAGCUAACUUCCAAAGUAACUGGUAUGUAAAAAGAUGCAUUUGCACUUGAGUGACCACGCUUACAGCUUGUGGUGUUGUUAUAGGCAAGGAAACCCUCCCUCGAUAUUAGAUCAUGUCCUCUUUAUUUCCUUGGCCUGCUCAGUCUCAACGUGGGUGUUUUAUUGUCGAGCCCUGAACAGUGGGAUUUCAGUCUUUUGAAGCAUGCUGCGACAUCCUUAAGGAAUGGCUCCUUUUUUUCCUUGCCCUAGUUGCUCAAUUCUGCUUAGUCUUGCAGCUGUUUCAGUCCUUGCUUUUGGUUUUCUCUCACAGCAUAUUUCAGUCACCCAAAGCUUAGAGGCGCUGUGAGGCUUGCAGGCAGUUUCCGUUGCUGCCACCCGGUCUCACUGGCAUUCAUCCUUCUGAGUAGCUGGAAGUAUAAAUUCCUUUUCCCCUGGAGUUUCCAUUUCUGUUGGGAAAUGUCUCUAAGCAGUGAGUGGAGAUGGCAGAGAGUAAGAAGGCUAUGGUAGGUCUUUGACAUACCUGGCAAGCUGCCUUUUGCAGUGGUGCAGUAAGAAAGUAUCCCACUGAAAUGGCCCCAAAUUUUGAACAGGAGACUUCCAAGGCAGGCUGCUACCCUGGAAACAAGUCAGGCCCAUGAGGUCAUGAGGCUUGAGGAUGAGAAUCAUGUUGCUUGAGACAGACCUCGCAGCACCUUACCGGCAUUGAAGGCAAAAUUCUGAGCAAGUUAGCACCCCAAAGGGCACCGGAGUAGCUCUGGAGAGACCUUUGGGGAGGAGAAGCUGGGCUGAGGUGGAGCUUUGAAAAUUCCAGUCCUCUACAGAAAGGUGCCAGCAACUGCUCCUCUCUGUGCGGUCACUUGGGUGAGGCGGGAGCUCCAGUAACAGUGCUUCAGGAACAAGCAAACUGAUUUUCGUGGAGUUCAGCGGGAAACCACUCAGCUGCAGCUUUUUAUUACUACUUGUACAUACUGAAUGUCUGGGCAGUGUCGGCAGAUACCAGUACUGAUCUGUCUUUCCUGUUUGUAUGUGUACAGAACUCUGAAGUGCUCACUGCUUCAAAAAAUAAUGAAUUUCCUCUAAAAAUGUAAAAUACCUGCAGCUUUCUGUCUUGGCAGGCUUGUGCAGUGGUUCCAGCAGCGUAUCCCAGCAGGGGUAGAUACGCCAGAUAGGCAGUGGGCUCUUUUCAGCAUCGCUGCCCUAGAGGUACAGCUUGUGUCACACCACAGCACGUAGCACAGGAUUUUUUUUAAAGGGGAUGGCGCUCUUCUGUGUGAGUUUUUGGGGGGUGGGAGUGGGUCAGCACUUGCUCUUACGGGCUGGCAGGGUUUUAAUUCUUGUGUGUUUUUUAGCAGUGAGUGGUUGGUUGAUUCCUGCAGCCUCUAGGGCAGGGUGAGCUGGGGGAAGUCUUGUGCUCCUGCUGGGGAUCUCUUCAGUUUUCUCACUUCCUGUGGAAUGUGGCGCCUGACCCGCUUGAGUUACACGUGUGGGGGGACGUGCAGUUGCUUUCUAAAGAACAUUGUCUUGAUUUUUGCACAAAAGCUUCUUUAAUGAACAAUAAAAACUGUAAACCAG